GCCGGGGGCCGCGGGGAGAUCCUGCAGUGGUGGGACAGGCCUCAGAGCCCAGGCAGGGCUCCGCGUCUUCCUGGGAGAGGGGGCCCUAAGAGCAGUAGGAAGUGGGGCACUCACGCAGGGACUCCCCAGGAGCGAGGGGGAAUGGGGACCAGUGAGGAGAAACCCACGCCGGGGCCCAGUCGCCCUGGCCAGUGCCCCUGGAGCCAGGGCCCCUGCAUGACCCACCGCCGGGGCGGUGUGGGUCUGGCCCUGCCACCCCGACCCUGGGCUGCCUCCUUCCGUCUGCCCGGCCUGGUCUCUCUGGUCACCCCCCCACCCCCCAGGAAACCUCAGCCACACCCAGGGCGUCUGAAAGAGGCUGAACCAGCGGCUCCUCUGCCCUAGGACCCCUGCCUGGGCCCCUCGGUGACCACCUGCUUUUGUCCCCCACUCGGCAGGCUGCAGUGCCCCCAGUGGACCAGGAGCUCCGGAGAGCUGGGGGUUGUCCAGCCCCCUCUGUGCCCUCGGCAGCCCCAGCCGGAGUCGAAUAAGGACCAGCUGCUGCUCAUCGCCCCUGCUCUGCCCCCCGCCCCCAGCCAUGGCACCCUUGCUCGCCCUGUUCCUGGUGGCCCUGCCUCUGGCCCAGGCCCUGGACUGCCACGUGUGCUCCUACAACGGCGAGAACUGCUUCAACCCCAUGCGCUGCCCGGCCAUGGUCACCUACUGCAUGACCACACGCACUUACUUCACCCCAACCAAGAUGAAGGUGAGCAAGUCCUGCAUGCCCAGCUGCUUCGAGACCGUGUACGACGGCUACUCCAAACACGCGUCCACCACCUCCUGCUGCCAGUACGACCUCUGUAACGGCGCCGGCCUCGCCACCCCAGGGGCCCUGGCCCUGGCCCCCAUACUCCUGGCCACCCUCUGGGGUCUUCUCUGAAGCCCUGCCCGUCCCCUCUUCCCCCCAGGACCCACUCAAAGACAAAGCUCUGAGAGGCACAAGACGCACCCCCACCCCCCAGCCACCCUACAUGCCCCGGCCCCCUCUGGCCUCCCCACCCAUGUGGCCUGGCUCGCGAUCCAUUUCAAAAGGCUGCUUUGGAACUAGGUCUCCCAAAGGUGGCUGGCCUCAGUGCAGGAGCUGCCUCUUCUGUCCCAGGAUGGGCCCCCAGCAGUGUGGCUAUUAAUAGGUCAUUCAGCCAAGGAAUCCCCGAUGCCAGGGAGGUGCGCCCCAGCUCCCUGGCAGUCCUGGGGGGCGGGGGCAGGUGUGGCCGGAGGGCCGAGCGAGGAGGAAGGCCUUUGUUUCCAGCUGUCCUAGGGAAGAGCUCUGGGCAGCCUUGGUGUUAGACAGGAGAAGGUCCCAAGGUCUGGGCGGCUUUUACUAAAUGCUGUUCCUGAGAAAUGCCAAAACUAGCACAGUGUUUACAGACGCAGCUGUCACGGGAUGAGCUUGAGCAGCAACCAGAUGAGUUUAGCCACCUGCGAUGAAGACGUUAACACGCUGUUAACAAAACUGUGUGUGUAAGCAAUGGCUAAGCCUCCCUUCCCAGGGCCACCUCCUUUACUUGCUGCCAGUAAAUAAAACUACCCAAGGACA